ACAACCGCGGGGAGGAAAAGUAGAAUGGGCGAAUGCGCAACAGCAGUUGUCCCCCGUUCUUUCUCUCUUCCACACAUAUGACCGCUCACCCGCUUGGCUCCUCCUUCUGUCGCUUUGGCUUGGGGCAAAAAGUUACCGGUCAUGUUAGAAUCGUCCACCGUGAGCCGCCAGGCUCACCUGAAUGGGAGCCAAACGAAACUCGCCAUUGGUGUGAAGCGUGAGCAGCCAACUCCAGGGUCUGAUUCCGAGAAUAGGGGCCCUUCCAGCAAAAGGGUCAAAAUGAGUGCGGGUGUCAAGAUAAAAACUACGGAAACAAAUGUAACCAACUCCCUGUUCCGAAAAUUUGUGAACAAUGCUCUGGAUGAACGAACUGCUGUAAGUUUCUCGAUCCUGCUGCUGCUGCCGUCGAGAUCUUCACAGCUGACGCUGAUUCAUUUCGUAGGGAAGCAAUGCCAACUUUGAGCUUCUCCGGCGGAAAUUCUCGGCGGAUCCCGGCAGUGAGGAUGCACCAUCUUCUUUGGAGUUGCAGAAUACCGUUUUGGCUCUUACAAAUACCGUUUCGAGGCUAAACGGAUCGUGUUCCCAGCUAGUGAAAGAUAUUAUCGGCUGCCAGUGGGUGGCCAGGGAGAGCGGCUUUGUGGGAUCAUAUGUGAAACUAUUGGGUAAUUUAGUUAGCGCACAUUCGAAUUAUAUGGAUUUGAUCGUCAACAUGCUCGUUCAACAUUUGGUUUGGCGUAAGUCGGAUACCCCCUUGGUUUGUUUCUUGUGUUCGGGGUUUGACUUUUCCGAUAGUGCAUAGCUCAGCAGGCAAGCUGCCCAACCACACGCCGGUCAAGAGAGGUGCCAUAUAUGAGCGUGUUCACUAUGCCCUGCAGUUCAUCCUUGACCUAGUCCCGACUGCGGCUUUCUCCACCCUUUUUCCAGCCUUGAUAUCUGAGUUUCCACACAAGAGCGAGAGCAAGAAAGCCCACGUUACCUACGUCACGAAUUUAUUACGAGUUAUCGAGUAUGCCCCUUCGCUCCGAAACAAGUUAUUGGCCUUCGUCACCGACCGGGUCAUCAAAAUCGACACGGAAAUCCAAGCCGACCUUGACGAUUUGGAGGAUGAACAAGGCGAGGAGUUGGAGGCCGAGAUUACAGGGGCAGAGAUAGAAGGAAACGAGGGUGGGGCCAUGAUCGGAGCUGAAGAGGAGGAGGAGGAGGAGGAGAUGGAGGACGGCGAUGACUCAAGCGAGGAGUAUGGCAUAGACGCGGUGGCAAAUAUCAAGGACACUGUGGAUAAGCUCGACGCUAUGCUUGACAUAUUGUUCUCGUAUUACUCAAAGAGUUUUCCGAACAAGAGUGUUGAAAGCCCCACCCAAGAGUCCAUUGAGAACUUUGGGCUUAUCAUGAAGCUUUUCAAUAGCAUCAUCUUGCCCACAUACCGCUCCCGCUACACACAGUUUCUGGUAUUCUGGGCCGCGCAGAAGGCUCCGCGCUUUUCAGAUACCUUUUGCGUUACUGCUAUUACUAAAGCAUUGGAUAAUACACUUCAGCCUGGCGCUAGACAAGCGGCGGCGGCUUAUGUCGCUUCAUUUAUUUCUAGGGCUAAGCUAAUGCCUGGACAUUAUGUCCAGAUUGCCACAAAGAUCAUGUGUCGAUGGCUCGGGGCUUUCGUAGAUCAACGUUCCGCAGAAUGUGAGGGGCCUGACGUCUCAAAGUGGGGUGGGUUUUACAGUGUCUGCCAAGCUGUUAUGUAUAUCUUCUGUUUCAGAUGGAAGGAUCUCAGAGAGGUCGAGGAAGAUGAGUUCGGUGUUAUCGGAGAGCGGUGGGUGGGAUUUCUCCAGAAUCUUAACAAGGCCAUCACUUCCAAGUUUAACCCCUUAAAGGUAUGCUUCCUACAUGUUAACCUUGGCUAUGGUAUUUUCGUGUGCUAAAGGUUUAAUAAAAAUUAAGGUUUGUUCACCAGCCGUUGUCGAGACGUUCGCGAAGAUUGCAUCCCACUUUCAACUGGUUUACUGCUUUACCAUCAUCGAGCAGAAUAAACGCAGGGGGCUGAGCAGUCAUGGAGAACUAGACAGUUACUUCCCUUUUGAUCCAUACAACCUAAAGCGAAGUAAGCGAUGGAUCCAAGGCUGCUAUAAUGAAUGGGAACCCAUCGAAGGGCUCGAGGAUGAGGAAGAGGAAGACAACGACAGUUCUGGGGAGAGUGAUAACGACAAUGAAAGUGUCGCUGAGGAAGAGGUAGAUGACGAAAGCGAAGCUCAUGAAUAGAGGCCCCAAUUUUCCCCUUUGUUCAACCGGAUGUCUUAAACGAAAACACUACGAUAGACGGUCCCUUUUGGUUUCCUUUAGCAAAUGGUUCCGGUUUUUGGUUUGCAAGCGAAAAAGGGUUGGUCUGUUGGGGGUUUUUCUCGGGGGCGAUUCAAAAGUGAUUUAUUGGCAUGGCGUUCAUGAAGGGGCGUUUAUCUCAUCGGGGAGAAUCAUGGAUACAAUUUUUGUUUGGUAGUGACUUGGGCUUUCCCCCCUGCUUUUCUGUUUCUACUUGAAUAUUCGAGUAUGAUACUUUGCUCAAGCAAUCGCAACGAUACUUACGCACUGCGGCUGUCACCUGGGUGAUGAACUGUGCUCGAGUGAGUGCUGUAUCUGUCGUGUUAGUGUAGAUAGGUUUCCGGAGAUUUGAACGAAAACUCAUGAUUCUCGUGAUGACCACUUACUGUAAUGAUAAAUACACUAUACGAGUACAGUACUUGCUUGUGCAGAGGUGUUGCAGUCCAGUAUGGUACUUGUAACUUGGCCAGUUAACCCACUGUAUGUACAGUACUGGUACUC